AUGAUGGCGAUGAUGACUGGCCGUGUGCUGCUGGUGUGUGCCCUCUGCGUGCUGUGGUGCGGUGCCGGCGGUGUUUAUGCGAGGGACCUCGACAACAAGGCACUGGGUGGCUGCAUGGCGUCGGGAGUGUUGGGUAUGAAUACAUCGUAUGUGCCGAACGGAUGUAAUAAAUACAUGCCGACGCCGCCUUUGCGGUCAGCAUUGCCUAUCCUUGCCAUACAAGCCGAAGUUGGGCAGGUAAGUGUUACUCCUCCAGACUCUGGUUCUGGUGGUGGAGGCGGAGGUUCUCCCGGUGCAGCCGCUCCUGUUCCAGGUGGUGCAGCAGCUCCUUCUGGCCCUGCUGUUCCAGGUGUUCCUGCUGUUCCUAAUGCUGGUGACUCUGUUCCUGGUCCUGCUGCUGGUGGUGGUCCUCCUGCUGCUCCUGCUACCGAUUCUCCUCGUCCUGCUGCUGGAAGGGAAAGUGAUUCUCUGGUCCCUUCUUCUCCUAGAGACAUUUCUUCUCAGAGUGAUGACACGGUGAUCACAAGCAGUGAUUUAUCCAAUACGCAUAGUGGAUCCAGAGAAGAAGUGCUGCAACAAGAGGAAACAGAGACUCACAACCCCUCACCGUCCAAAGGAUUGGCACAGGAGGCACUCCCCGAUGUACAGCAGCCACAAACCUCUGCUUCAGAAAAUAGUAAAACGGGUUGCGACGCUGAGGCGUCGAAUUGCGGAAGUCAAGGAAAGUUGGGAAAGGCAACGAUGGAAAAACAGGAUUUGGAGGAAUCCAACACAGCAGAAUCACCACCGACUAAACAUAAAGAAUCAAAUGGCAAUGAGGAGAACCCAACGGAAGCAUCAAGUACGGAAUCUCAGAAUACGGAAGCCCAACAAGAAAUAAAAACGCCAGUGGAUGAGAGUGACAGUACGGGCACCGAUGCAUCCAUAGCGGUUGCCGCACAGAGUACAUCGGCCGGCAGUCAAGAAGAAGCAACUGAGUCAUCUUCCAAUGGCAGUCAUUCUCCACUUCAGGGGGAAGUAUUCACUGGAACAGACACUCCCGAGAAUGCUCCAUCUCCGGGUGCCGCAGAAACAGAAAAACGCCAAGGAGAAAAUGUGACGAAAGAUGGCGACAGCGACAGCAGCCCCGCGGCCUCCCACACCACCUCCCCUCUUUUGCUUGUUGUUGCGUGUGCGGCUGCGGUGGUGGCCGCGUGA